AUGGUGGUCCAAAGAGGGUUAAAACGGUACAAUUUACUAGGAAAGGAUUUCUUUUUCAAGAAGUUUCAAUUCCUGGAUCUCCAUCAUCGAAGAAAUGUAGAUCUUUUAAGGUCAGAUAUUCGAAUCGAGGAUUUUUAUAUUGGUUCACCGCGAAAGGAUUCGUCUGUCAAGUCGACUUUUGAGGAGAAAAGGACUUCUUGUUUCACUUUAAAACUAUCUAAUAUGAAUACAAACAUCAAUUCGGGUAAUUCACAACAAACAAAUAUCCUUGAGAAGGCAUUAGUCAAACCAUCCGUGGUUUCGAAUACUGAGUCUGGUAAAGAGGAGGGAAUUAAGAAGAAACAAGCAGAAAGACUUGCUUUUCAUUCCAAGAGCUUUAACUAUGAAAUUCUAAAACUUCAUGAUGACGCUAAGGUACAACAUACACUUUUCAUGGAAAAGGUCAAUGAAACGAAGGAGUAUCUUGUUGUUAAGGUUGCUGAGAUAAAAUCCUUGAUAAUAGAAGAAUCGAAAAAGAUGGAUGAAAAUUACAAAGAGUUACAUGGAAAAGUUGAUGUUCUUGCUGGUGCAAUUACUUGA